AUGGCCAUGUUUGCGCUCAUGAACGUCGUCCUGGUACAGGAGUACUCGCGUGAAGGCAUACGGCUAGUGUACUGUUUGCUUCGCUUCCCUGACAAGUUCUGGUCGCAAUGCCACGAGAUUGUUUUCCUCACGCCUCCUGCAGAGGAUUAUCUCACCAAUAAUGCUGGCUGGGUGCUGCUACAGAACUACCGUGGGAAGGGCAUCGUCUAUCAUUUGGUUACACUGGCUGACAAGUAUCAGAAGAGUGCUAGCCUGGGCCUCGCUUUGGGUUCAUAUGAGUUAACUUACAUCUUCGAUGGGCUUGCUUGCACGUCCGCCCAGGUCAGUCGAAGGUGGCAAGUCCUGACGGAGCAUAGAGCUCGCGGCUGGGCAUGCGAUACUGCGAUACUCGUGAAAUCAUGGCUGGACCUCUCUCAUGAGUCGGGGGUAAACGAGCACGGGUGCAUGGCCUGGCGACGGUUGCUGGUGGUCCUGCUGUUCUAUCAGGAUGAAGAAGAGCCUGAAUUUAACCUCGACGGCUUGUUCGAAAGGCUAGCCAAUGAUGAGGUGGUGCGGGCACGUCUGCUUAAGGACGGUACCCUGUUCGGGUGGCCAGAUGAAAAGACGGUGAGCGAGCCCAAAACCAUCUACGUGCCGCAUGCCAGAGAAGAGGUGAACAAACUCCGCAACCAUCUGUCGAUGCCCGACAAUCCGGUGCGUGUCAAUUGCGAUGCUGUGAUCGCAUGCCUUCGCACGCUGUAUGAGCUGGUCACCAAGUACUGGGCGCCGAAACAGAAAGCUUCUUCGGAGAGCCUUGAGAGUGAUGACUGCGAGGUCAUUAACGGAGUUUCGGAGUGUCCUUUGGAGGACGGUUAUGAAGAGGUCGAGGGUGAGGAGCUGCUUGUUGCCGAGCAGCUGGGUGUUGUUCCUGCAUCAAGCGAUGUUGCAGACUUGUCACCGGCUUUGAAGUCAGGCUUGACUGACGAUCUUAGCAAGUUGAGCUUGGAGAGCCCACACGUGUCGGUGAAGAGGCCAGCGCCGAGCAGCUCGAGCAAGGCCCCCGCUAAGCGCCCCAAGCGUGAGAUCUUUGAAAUCUCUGAUUCCCCGUGUGCCACAAAAACUUCUGGACGCCCCCCUGUUGAUCCAGCUCGUCUUGCCCGGGUGGAGUUCCUGAAGCAUGCGAUCCAGAAACGGUCUGCUACAAAGGCGGUUGCGAGGCCGCUCCAGAGCAACUCGCUGCCUUCGGUGGAUGAUGUGGACACAUGCCCUGCUAACUUAUCUCCAAUUGCUAAGAAUCUGGAGAACAGAUUUGCUUUGGUGGCUCGGGGCGAUGAUGAGAUGGCCACUGAGAAGGUUCCAAAGGUUCCGGAGGAGAAGCCUGCCUUGGUGGCUUUGGACGGUGAUGAGAGCCAAAAGGUUCCGAAGGAGGAGCCUGCUUUGGUGGCUGUGGACGGUGAUGAGAGCCAAAAGGUUCCGAAGGAGGAGCCUGCUUUGGUGGCUACAGCUAUGGCCUUUGAUGAGAACAAGCAGGUUCCCAGCGAGGAGCCUGCAGCAGCGAUCCCGACCAAAGCCGAGCGUCCGCCCGUGGCUCGGAGGGAAGAUGAUGUCUUCUUUGAUGAUACCGCGCUCAGCCGGAAUGAGCAGAUAGCGGCCAGGGACGCCUUGAAGCAGUGCGGUGGCGAAGUGAAGCCGGCUGCAGCUCUCAAGGCAGCCAUCUGCAAGGAUCCGGAACAGGAGGAGGCCCCGGCACCGAAGAGAAAGCCGGGUCGUCCCAAGAAGGGAGCCAAAGCCCCAGCAGAGGACGAGCUUGAGUCGAAGGAGCCGGCUGCGGCUCACGCUGUGGAUGCUAAGGAUGAUCCGGCCCAAGCCGAAGAUGCUCCGGCUGAGACGCCGGAGACGCCAGCAGAGCCCAACAAGAAGAAGAGGCGUGUGAAAGGGGAGGAUGGCCAGAAGAAAACAUUCGCAUCACGCCCCAUGCCGAAGGUUGAUGUGUUUGCAAUUCAGCGGUUCAAGGCAAUCAGGGAGGCUUACGAGCUGCUGAUUGCUCCCAAGCUUCGCUUCCGAUCGUCUUUGGAGGAGUAUGGUCUUAAGACAGUCCAAAAUGACCGCUUCUGGGGCCACACGAUGGAGAGCCUCAGCGGCUUGAGCGAUGCAACCAAGUUGAAGCGGAUUUGCAACGCUUUCAUCCAGAUAAUGGUGCUCCUUGCAUCGAUGGAUGUGGCGAGGCCUUGUGAACACUUCGAGGUUGUGGAAAUGUUUGCUGGCUCUGCUCGUGUAUCACGGUUGGCUAAAGGGUUGGGCAAGCAUGCCGUGGCUUUGGACAAAUCUAUCGAUGGGUCGAUGGAUCUGAACACCGAUGCCGGGUUCCUGUUCAUGCUCCUCGUGCUGCUCAUGGUGGCUCUGGAAAUCGUGCCUGUCAUCGAGUCUUAUCCGCCUCGCUUUGCUGGCAAACUCCUCCGGAUGCAGAAGGACUUGUUGGAUCGGCGCCCGAUCCUUCCGGAGGAGGUAACUCACCACCGAAAGACCGACACGCUGAUCGACCUCCUGAAGCGCCUUCCAGAAGAUGAAUGCAACGAUGCCGAACUGUACUCAGCUUUGAAGGAGGAGAUCUCCAGCGCGGAAGGGCCCGUGGCUGAUGCUGUCCUAGAAAGCAUCAAUGAUGAUGAGUACAAGUUCCUGAUGCAAACCCUGAAGGUAAAGGCUGAGGUCAAGAAGGAGCCCGAAGUCGAGGCCGAGGGCCUGGCGCCGGCUGUGGCACCAGAAACUUUGCUCGAGGAGCCUCUUCAAGACACGCUAGUGAAUACUCCUAGCCCUGCCAAGGCUCCGAAGUCGAUGCCUUUCGACUUUGCUCCCCCCACACAGGCGGCUAUCAAUGCCCGGCUUCGUAGGAUCUUCAAAGCUCGCGCGAACGGGGACUACCAGGUGGAUGCCGAAUUCUUAAAAAUGUACAAGGACAAGAACGCUGGAGGACAGGCAAAGAUCUACAAGCUCUUCGAGCGCACAGGAUUCAAUCCAGUGACUUUCGUGAAGCAUUGCAAGAAGGUCACGCAAGAGCUGUCCGAGGAGAUCCGCAAGGCCGGAAUCAAACGCUACUGCCAGAAAUUCCCGAAAUCCAAGCGGACUUUGGUGGAGAAGGCCAUGGAGUUUGAGGAGGACACCGACAAUGAGAUGGAUGCACCGGACCGGGCUUGUUCGUGGGGCAUGCUGCAAAACGAUGGUUUCUCUAAGGCAAUUAGAUCGCACACUGCCCAACAACCCAAAUGA